GCGCAUAUUCUAUUUCAAUGGAAUAUCAAAUUUGUCAAAAUCCGAAUUUAGGAGUAUUUAUUGCUGGAAAAACGACGAAGAUCUGCGAUAAAUUGAUAAUCGACAGAGAUCUUUGGUGCGCUUCGAAAUCUACGCAAUUCACACCAUCUUCUCCUUCCAUUUAUGCACAAUUACAUCAAUCGCUGCGCGCAGAAACGAAGAACAAAUUAGCAAAAAUAAGAAUUGAUUAGAGAGAGGGAGAGAUGUGGGAAUCAAUAUGCUUAACGAUUGCGGCUACCGCCGGAAACAACAUUGGCAAAGUGCUCCAGAAAAAGGGCACCCUCAUUCUCCCACCUCUCUCUUUCAAGCUCAAGGUGAUAAGAGCAUAUGCUUCUAACAGUGCUUGGAUAAUCGGGUUUUUGAUGGAUAUUUUUGGGGCUGUCUUGAUGUUGCUUGCACUAUCUCAGGCUCCUGUAUCGGUGAUUCAACCUGUUUCUGGCUGCGGGCUUGCUAUCCUCUCGGUAUUUUCUCAUUUUUAUCUGAAGGAGAUCAUGAAUGCCAUCGACUGGAUCGGGAUUGCUUUGGCCGGUAUUGGCACUAUAGGUGUCGGUGCUGGAGGAGAAGAGCAAAAGUCGCCAUCCAUCUCAAUUAUCUAUUUACCGUGGCUGGCAUUUGUUGUUGCCUUCGUGUUUGUACUUCUUAAUGGAUGGCUUCGUGUGUAUAGACGACAAAGAAGAGAACAGGAGUUGAUGCAAUACGAAGUGGUCGAGGAAAUCAUAUACGGCUUAGAGUCCGGCAUUCUAUUCGGGAUUGCAUCUGUGAUAUCAAAGAUGGGGUUCUUGUUCUUGGAGCAAGGAUCUUCCAAGUUAUUGCUUCCCGUUUGUGUCUCGAUCAGCAUAACUUGCAGUGCUUCUGGAUUUAUUUGCCAGACCCGUGGCUUGAAGCAUGGAAGGGCAAUCGUCGUGUCCACUUGUGCAGCUGUUGCUUCGAUCGUGACUGGCGUCCUUGCCGGCAUGUUUGCACUGGGCGAACGGCUGCCCUCCGCUCCCACGUCUCGCCUAAUGCUUCUCCUCGGAUGGCUCUUCAUCAUCCUCGGAGUGAUCCUGCUCGUAUCUUCGUCAAGGCUGAUGCGACACCUCCCGAGGCCGUGGAGGCGCUUUGCACGAGGCGGCCUGGAGAGGAACUUCGGUCUUAGGCAGUCGAGCUCGUCCCGUGUAAGGGACACGAACCCAAGCACCAUCAUCCAAGCGAGCACGCUGCAUCAUCUGAUACCGUCCCCUGCGAAGGCAAAAGCUUGAGCUAUAUGGAAACAGCAAAGCUUGUAUGUAGUUUCUACUUAGACCUAUAUCGAUAUGGUUGGAUCGGUUCGGUUCGUUUUAGACCUAUUUCAAUCCGAUCGAUUCGGUUCGGUUCGAUUACAAGUGUACAGUUUCAUUGCAGUUUUCAUGUUCAUGUACCGUUGUUCCUCAUAUUUGUUUUGUUUCCCUUCUAGUGAGAGAAAGAUAUGAUAAAAAAAUGUUCAAAGAUGUGAAGAUUAUGAUGGCCUUUUUCUACUGAAAUCAUGGUUUUGAUUGUUGUUGUUUUUA